AUGCUACUCCUGCUCUCUCUGCUUCUUUGGGCUGCUGUUUGUUGCCCUGCUGGAGCAGAUGUUGGGAAUUUCUCUUCAUGUCUAGACUUCUUCUACAAGUCUUGGCCCCCAAAAGGGCUGACCGGGACCCCUCUCUGCCAGCGCUUCCUCAACCAGUAUCGCUUUGCUUCCUUGUACAGCCGACCCCGCCGCUCUCCCUGGUUCUCUGCGUACAAAUAUGAAAUGCCACUGGGAAAGAGACCGAGAAAGAGCUGGAAGUUUGAGCCCCAGUUAGUCAACUCUGGAGCUGAUGGAAACAUGAGUCCCUUUCCUCCUGGUCCCCUGGAUUGGAACCUGGUGGAAAGUCAGGCAGUCAAUCCCGACUACUUCAACUCCACUUACUCACGAGGGCACCUGAACCCGAGUCUUCAUCACCGCUCCCAUGACGAUCGUGUCGCCACCUUCACCUUAACUAAUGCAGUGCCUCAGAAGAAGUGGUCCAACGAUGGGCCGUGGGCAUUCCUGGAGCAGAGCAUCAACAGGACGCUCGGCACCUACUGCCUGGGCGCUUCCUACAUUGUGACAGGUAUCAUGCCGUAUGUAAAGGACGAGCACUGGCUGAAGAACCGUGUUGCUGUGCCGGAGUACAUGUGGUCCGCCUACUGCUGCCCAAACUACAGACACAAUCUACCUAGAGAUCUGAGCGAUAAUUUCCCUACAUAUGCAGCCAUCGGACGCAAUGAUCCGAACAGCACCGAAGAGAUCGUGCCAGUUGACCCGAAAGGGGAACUACAUUUCAGAGGAUAUGAUGUGAGGACGAUGCCAUUGAAGAUGCUGGAGAUGUAUCUAUCAGAAAGAUUUGGGUCAGACAUCAGGCUUUUCUACCAAAGUUGUCCAGGACUCCAUUAAUGUAUUUACACAUACACACGUGCAUGCAUAGAUGCAGCAAAAGAUGGAGGAAUACAAAGGUGUCAGUCAAUUGCUUUGAGCGAACCAUGGGAGGAAAAUAAAUUAAAUUCUGAAAAACAAACCAAAGAUCCUCUCAAACUCAAUAUUUUGUUGCACCACUUCUGGCUGACAGUACCAUUUAUCACUCUGGCUCCUACUUUCUCUGACUGCUUUUACCAGACCAGUUUUGCCAGCUGAAGCAUUGUCAUGGACCAUUCACUACCAUUUCCUCCUCAGAUUCUCAGUUGGAUUAAAAGGCGAGUGAUGCAAGGCCCUGGCUUGUCACUUUUUUUGCACU